GGAGCGCGUGGGCGUGGCCUGGGCCGACAGCUUUAAUACUUCGGAAAGCCGACCCGGGUUUCUGCUUUACUGCUUUGACUGGGAGUGUCUGGCGAUGCGGAAGGUGGUUUUGGUCACCGGAGCGAGCAGUGGCAUUGGCCUAGCCCUCUGCAAGCGGCUGCUGGCGGAAGACGAUGAGCUUCACCUGUGUUUGGCGUGCAGGAACAUGUGCAAAGCAGAAGCUGUCCGAGCUGAUCUGCUGGCCUCUCACCCCACGGCCGAGGUCACCACCGUGCAGGUGGAUGUUAGCAACCUGCAGUCAGUGUUCCGGGCCUCCAAGGAGCUCAAGCAAAGGUUUCAGAGAUUAGACUGUGUAUAUCUAAAUGCUGGAAUCAUGCCUAAUCCACAGCUCAAUAUCAGAGCACUUUUGUCUGGCCUCUUUUCAAGAAAGGUGCUUCAUAUGUUCUCCACAGCUGAAGGGCUGCUGACGCAGGAAGACAAGAUCACUGGCGAUGGGCUCCAGGAGGUGUUUGAAACCAAUGUCUUUGGCCACUUUAUCCUGUUUCGGGAACUGGAAUCUCUCCUCUGUCACAGUGACCAUCCAUCUCGGCUCAUCUGGACGUCAUCUCGCAAUGCAAGGAAAUCUAACUUCAGUCUCGAGGACUUCCAACACUGCAAAGGCCACGAACCAUACAGCUCUUCCAAAUACGCCACUGAUCUCUUGAGUGUGGCUUUGAAUAGGAACUUCAGUCAGCAGGGUCUGUAUUCCAGUGUGGUAUGCCCAGGCACAGUGCUGACUAAUCUCACUUAUGGAAUUCUACCUCCCUUUACAUGGACACUGCUGAUGCCUUUCAUAUGGCUGCUUCGCUUUUUUGCACAUGCUUUCACCUUGACGCCGUACAAUGGAACAGAAGCACUGGUAUGGCUUUUCCACCAAAAGCCUGAGUCUCUCAAUCCUCUGACCAAAUAUAUGAGUGCCACCACUGGCUUUGGCAACAAUUAUGUAAUACCCCAAAAGAUGGACCUAGAUGAAGACACUGCUGAAAAAUUUUACCAAAGCUUGCUAGAACUGGAAAAGCAUAUUAGAGCCACUGUUCAAAAAUCAGAUGACCAGAGCUGACAGUGGUACUCUCUGAAACGCACAUACCUUUGGUGCAUUCUGGGGCUCGUGGGUUUCGCUUGAGCUGAAUGAUAGACAUUUGUCAUACACUGUGAACUGUGAUUAUCUCCUUUGCCUUUUUUUUUCAGAAUUGUCCCUAAAACUAUGUAUGUGUAUGUAUAGGAGCAUGAGAAAAAAAUGGAUGAAGUAAAAUAUCAAUUAGAGGUUCCCUGCAA